ACACCAGAACCAGAUCAGAAGAAGACUGACCUCUCUCUCUCUCUCUCUCUCUUACUUACACAGUUACACUGAUAUGUCCAAACACAACCAGUCCUUCCCUUCUAACCUCUUUGGAAAACUCCCCAACUCUCUCUUCUCUCUCUCUCUCCUCCCAAUAACAUAUCUAUCCCACACUCCACGAAGCUCGACCUUUCAUUAUAUUCAACCCAAUUCCUUCUUCAACAACAACAACCAUCGCCCAAUCCCCCACCAUACACAUGCACCUCCUCCUACUGUCAUGAAUAUAUAUAUAUAUACAUACACCACACAUAUCAGUCAUCAAUCAUCAUCGUCAUCAUCGACUGUCACUACCGCUCAACAGAAAUCAAAAGGGAAAACAAAAACAUUUACACUCCAUCUCUGGUUGUUGAUUGAUGGGGUGUCUGGUCUCUCAGCUCGCCGCCAAGUUUGCUUUCUUUCCGCCGUCGCCGCCGACCUAUCAGGUCAAGGAAAGGGCCGACGGCAAGCUCAUUGCUGUCUCCACAACUUCCUCCCUCCCCAUAGCCGCCGUUGACGAUUCCUAUCUCGAUGUCCUCUCUGUCCCCACCAAGCGUGGCAACAAGAUUGUGAUCUUCUACCUCAGAAACCCUUCCGCCAGGCUCACUCUCCUCUACUCCCAUGGCAAUGCUACUGAUCUGGGCCAGCUCCAUGACCUCUUUCUUCAGCUCAAAGCCAAUCUCAGAGUUAAUCUCAUCGGGUAUGAUUACUCUGGUUAUGGAGCUUCAACUGGUAAGCCGAGUGAAUAUGAUACAUAUGCCGACAUAGAGGCUGUAUAUGAAUGCCUGCAAACUGAGUAUGGGAUUAGCCAAGAGGAUUUGAUUUUGUAUGGGCAAUCAGUCGGGAGCGGCCCAACAUUGCAUCUUGCAGCUCAGCUGCCGAGGCUGAGAGGGGUAGUGCUACACAGUGCUAUCCUAUCCGGGCUUCGGGUGCUAUGCCAUGUCAAAUUCAGUUUCUGUUGUGAUAUUUACAAGAAUGUAUACAAAAUUCGGAAGGUGAAGUGUCCUGCACUCAUUAUACAUGGCACAGACGAUGAUGUAGUGAAUUGGUUGCACGGCAACGGGCUAUGGAAAAUGGCAAGAGAUCCAUACGAGCCCCUGUGGAUUAAAGGAGGCGGGCACUGUAACUUGGAGCUCUAUCCCGACUACAUCCUCCAUCUUAGCAAAUUUGUCCGAGAAAUGGAGAAUAUGAACACCAAAGCUCGGCUCAGAAAGAUCCGUCCAAUUCUUCAGCAGAGGUCAAAGCCCGGCUGCUGCACAGGCUCUCUUCACAGAUGCUGUAAGAUCAACUUUGGAAGAAUCAACUGCAAGCGCGCCGACUGUUUGAACCCCAAAUCUUUCAUAAAAUGUUGCUGGCGGCCGAAAUGCCACAAGUGGCGGCCGACAUGCCCUGCGUGGAAGCCCAAGUGCCAGGCGUGUUUUCAGCCGAGCUGCACCAGCUGCUCGUGCCGCUGCACAAUGUGCUCGUGCCUGUGCGCCGCAAAGUGUUCUUGCUGGUGAUGAUUUUAUGCUGCUGUGUUGUCGUCGUCGGAGGUUAUACAGAGAGAGAGAGAGGGUGGAUUUAGGAGAAGCAAAUGGAAAUGGAGGAUGUACAGAAACAGCUCUUGGCUUGGCUAACAUAACAACACCCUUUGCUUCCUCAGUUCUAACGAAUUUGUGAGUUGAGUGAGAAUCUUCUUCUUCUUCUUGUUCUUUGUUCUAGUAGUUUCUGGAAAGUUUAAACCUUGUACAAUGCAUUUGUUCCUGGAACUAUUUAUUAGUGCAACUCUUGUAAAAUAAUCUCACUUCUCUUUUUACUGCCAUAGUCCACUUUCUACUUUUCUUAA